UGUUGUCAAGUUAAGUAACCUUAUUUUUUGAACAAUAAACGUUUUGUGUGUAAAUACAUUUUAUUACGCGCACACAAUGCCAAAAGAAAACAGGUCAAAUUCACAUAUAUCCUCCAAAUACAAAAGUAAAAGUGUCUCACGUCGAAGACGAUCGAGUUCAGAAAGUUCAGAGGAUUACAGAAAGCAUAGAGAAUCUACAAAAAACUCUCGAAGGUCAAAAUCAUUUGAAGACAAAUAUCGAAAACAUCAGAAACAUAUUGACAAUGAAUCUGAUACCAGUCAUAAAAAAUCUAGUAAAAUAAAGAGCACCAAAGGCAAACACAAAAAGUACAAAAAUAAAAAAGAAUCUAAUUCAGAUGAUAGUUCCAGUAGUAGUGAAAGUUCAUCAUCGGAUAACUCUAUAAAACUCUUGGAAAAAUUAAAGGAGGAAAGAGUAAAGAUUACUGAAUCUAAAAAAAAACAAAAGGAAUUAAUAAAAGCCACAGAAACUCCUGAAGAAAAAAGGUUGAGAAGGUUAAUGAAAAAAGAAGCUAAAGAACGUAGACGAAAAGAAAGAAUGGGGUGGGAUAAUGAAUAUUUACAUUAUACUAACAGUGACAAUCCUUUCGGAGAUGGGAACUUAUUAUCUACUUUUGUGUGGAAUAAAAAGUUGUCUAAAGAAGGUCUCACCGGUGUUAGCCCUGAGGAAUUAGAAACGAGGAACAGGUUCAAACAAGAAGAAAAUAAAAAGGAACUGGAAAAGGUAAAAAAGAGGCGACUUGAAAGGGAGUUAGAAAGGCAGAAACGUGAGGAAGAGACUCAAAUGUUACAGAGAAGCAAAGAAGCGGCACAAUUUGAGGAAUGGGAGAGACAGGAAGAUCAGUUUCACCUUGAGCAGGCCAGGUUGCGGUCUCAUAUACGAAUCCAGGAUGGCAGAGCUAAGCCAAUAGAUCUUCUUGCCAAGUACAUCAGUGCUGAAGAAGAGGUCGAUGCCGUAGAAAUGCACGAGCCAUACACUUACCUGAAUGGCCUACACAUAAAAGACCUUGAGGAUCUUGUAGAAGACAUUAAAGUCUACAAAGAGUUAGAACGAGGCAAGAACCUUGACUAUUGGAAUGAUAUUACAGUGAUUGUGGAGGACGAGUUGCAGAAGCUCAGGAAAAUAGAGAAACAAAAUGAUUUUGACAUGGGCAUAAACAGACGUGAAGGUAUUCAUCAAGCAGUGGCAUCAGAUGUCACUUCAGUUUUCAAGGGCAAGACAGCGGCACAAUUAGCCGCUCUGCAGAAGCAGAUCGAGUCCAAAAUUAAUGGAAAAGCCGAUGGAAUCGAUAUUGGAUACUGGGAGUCUUUGUUGUCACAACUGAAAGCCCAUAUGGCCAGAGCACGACUAAGAGAUAGACAUCAAGAGAGCCUCAGAAGAAAACUCCAGGUAUUAAAAGCAGAGCAAGCUGUUACGUUGCCUCAACCUAACGAGAUUCAUGCAAAUGCUGUAGGAGAAACAUCUGUUGAACCUAAACCGGGAACCUCAAUGGAAGAUGAUCAUGUCAGCGAAAAUGAAGGAAACGAAGAAGAUGUCGCUAAUGAUAUGUUAAAUGAAUGCUUCAAUGCCUACCAAGCUGGUGGAUACAGCCCUAAGUUCUUAAACCCCGAUGAUAUCGAACCUGGAACCAUCGUAGUUACUGAAGAAGAUGAUGUUAAACGUCUAGAAUUUGCAAGAAUGCAGGUUGUAGAUAGUGGGAAAAAGGUAGAGAAUGUAAUAACCAAAGAAGAGCUGCUCUUACAAAAGGAAGCAAGAAAAGGAAUGGACGCAGACGAAGCUCAGUUUUCAGUAGAACAAACACUGGACAAUCAGGUCUACCUGUGGUCGGACAAAUACCGACCUAGAAAACCCCGCUACUUCAACAGGGUCCACACAGGUUUCGAGUGGAACAAAUACAAUCAGACCCAUUACGAUAUGGAUAAUCCUCCUCCGAAAAUCGUACAGGGUUACAAGUUCAACAUAUUUUAUCCGGAUCUGAUCGAUAAGAAUAGCACACCAGAAUAUUUUUUGACUCCAUGUCCAGAGAACAAGGAGUUUGCCAUCUUGCGAUUCCAUGCUGGCCCUCCGUAUGAAGACAUAGCCUUCAAGAUAGUGAACAGGGAAUGGGAAUAUUCCUACAAGAGAGGAUUUAGGUGUCAGUUCCAUAACAAUAUAUUUCAGUUAUGGUUUCACUUUAAAAGAUAUAGAUAUAGGAGAUAAAAUUGGCUUUAUGUUUUUACUUUGUAUAUGUAAAUAUAAUUUUAUUCAAGACCA